GCACUGACAGUGCGCAGGCUCGUGACCCGGAUGUAAACCAGCACCGGACACGCCGUCCUGCCGAAUCCACCGACAUGCGUCUGAAUUCCAGAGGACCCCCGGCUCUGUGCUGAGCGGAGAGCAUCGGUUAACGGCGGAACAGCUCCGCUAAUAUACGAAACGUGUACCGUGCAGAACCGAGACUGACGCUUAGUGACGGAGGGCCGAACUGUUAACGUUACAUUACGGUGUCAUCCGGACACACGCGCCAGACUCACCUGUGUCACCCGUGAGUGUGCAGGGGUGAGGGGUCGUCAUCGAUCCUGCCCCUCACCUUCCCCCCCCCCCCCCAGCAGAUGACAGGAGUGUGUGUCAGACCACAGCUAACCACGAAUGGCCUGCCAGUCUGUCACCGCCGCAGUCAUGGACGAGCAGGCCCUGCUCGGGCUGAACCCCAACGCCGACGCCCCCUACAGGCAGAGGGCCAUGGCGUACUUUGAGCAGCUGAAGGAGUCUCCGGAUGCCUGGGAGGUGUGUGCCGAGGCGCUCUCUCAAGGACUGUACAGAGACGACCACGUGAAGUUCUUCUGUUUCCAAGUGCUGGAGCAUCAGAUCAAGUUCAGACACGCGGGUCUGAGUGCGGCGCAGCAGCAGCUCGUCAGGGAGACCCUGAUGAAGUGGCUGCAGUCUCAGCUGAUGAACGCUCAGCCUGAGAAGGCCUUCAUCAGGAACAAGGCGGCCCAGGUGUUUGCGCUCACCUUCGUCAGCGAGUACCUGACUCUGUGGCCCAAGUUCUUCUUCGACAUCUUGUCCAUGGUGGGUCUGAACCCCAACGGCGUGGACAUCUACCUGAGGACGCUGAUGGCCAUCGACGCCGAGGUGGUGGACCGGGACAUCCUGCACAGCGCAGAGGACAUCCGCAGAAACACUCUGAUCAAGGACACCAUGAGGGAGCAGUGCAACCCCAGCCUGGUGGAGUCCUGGUUCCAGAUCCUGCAGACCUACCAGCGCUCCCACCCUGAGCUCACCUGCCAGUGUCUGGAGGUGGUGGGGGCCUAUGUGUCAUGGAUCGACCUGAACCUCAUCGCUAAUGACCGGUUCGUGAACCUGCUCCUGGCUCAGAUGUCCAUGGAGGAGCUGCGGGAGGAGGCCUGCGACUGCCUGUUCGAGAUCAUCAAUAAGGGGAUGGACCCCGUGGACAAAACCAAGCUGGUGGAGUCCCUCUGCCAGGCUCUGCACAGUGCCGGCUUCUUCAGCGUGGAGCAGGAGGAAGACGUGGACUUUCUGGCCAAGUUCUCCCGGCUGGUGAACGGGAUGGGUCAGAGCCUGGUGCUGAGCUGGACCAAGCUGGCUAAAGCCGGGAGCGGCAAGGAGGCGGGCGCCACGCUGCAGGCGCUGGAGGCCAAGGUGCCGCUGCUGCUGCAGCUGCUGAUGCACGAGGACGACGACAUCUCCGCCAACGUGGUGGGCUUCUGCUACGACUACCUGCACGUCCUGAAGCAGCUUCCUCAGCUGACGGAGCAGCAGAAGGCCCACAUCGAGGCCAUCAUGCUCGCCGUCAUAAAGAAGCUGACCUACGACGACGAGUACAACUUUGAGAACGAGGGCGAGGACGAGGCCAUGUUCGUGGAGUACAGGAAGCAGCUGAAGAUGCUGCUGGAUCGCCUGGCCCAGGUGUCUCCAGAGCUGCUGCUGGAGGCCGUGCUCCGCGUCUUCUCCAACACCAUGCAGAACUGGCAGGCGGUGCCCUUCAUGGAGGUGGAGGUGGCCAUCAGGCUGCUGUACAUGCUGGGAGAGGCUCUGCCGGCGUCUCACGGCGCCCAUUUCUCUGGAGACGCGAUGAAGACGACCACGCUGCAGGAGAUGAUGAGGACGUUGGUGUCCUGCGGCGUCAGCAGCUACCAGCACACGUCUGUUUCUCUGGAGUUCUUUGAGACGGUGGUGAGAUACGACAAGUUCUUCAUCGUGGAACCGCAGCUCAUCCCCAGCGUCCUGAUGGCGUUUCUGGACCACAGAGGUCUGAGGAACAACAGCCCAAAGGUCCGCAGCAGAGUGGCCUACCUGUUCUCCAGGUUCAUCAAGACCCUGCACAAACACAUGAACACAUUUGUGGAGGACAUCCUGACCCGGAUCCAGGACCUGCUGGCGUUGGCUCCUCCUGAGAACGGCUUCACGCCGCUGCUGACCAGCGACGAUCAGCUCUUCAUGUUCGAGGCGGCGGGCGUUCUGAUCGUGAACGGCGAGAGUCCGGUGGAGCGGAAACAGGCCCUGAUGAGGAGCCUGCUGACGCCGCUGAUGGACGCCUUCCAGCUGCUGCUCGCCAAGCUGUUGCAGGAGACGGAGGAGGAGCAGCAGGCGUCGCUUGCCGACGCCCUGAGCCACGCUGUGGGGUUCGCCAGCCGCACCAGUAAGGCGUUCAGCAACAAGCAGACGGUGAAGCAGUGCGGCUGCACCGAGGUCUACCGCGACUGCCUGCACUGCUUCCUGCCUGCGCUCAGCUGCCCCGUCCAGCGCGGCGUGCUGCGCAGCUCCGUGCGCUCCUUCCUGCACAGGAUGAUCAUCUGCCUGGAGGAGGAGGUGCUGCCCUUCAUCCCCGCCGCCUCGGAGCACAUGCUGAAGGACUGCGAGGCCAAAGACCUGCAGGAGUUCAUCCCGCUCAUCAGCCAGAUCACCGCCAAGUUCAAGCGGCAGGUGGCGCCCUUCCUGCAGCAGAUCUUCAUGCCGUUGGUGCUCGCCAUCUUCGAGGUCAUGGCCCGACCAGCAGAGGAGAACGACCAGACGGCGGCCCUGGAGAAGCAGAUGCUGAGGAGGAGCUACUUCAGCUUCAUCCAGACCAUGACAGGAAGUGGGAUCAACGAGGUGAUGGCGAACCAGGGAGCAGAGAACAUGGAGCGGAUCCUGUUCACCAUCAUCCAGGGAGCAGCGGACCUGCCUGACCCCGUGGCCCAGAAGACCUGCUUCAUCAUCCUCUCCAGGCUGGUGGAGCUGUGGGGAGGCAAAGACGGCCUGGUGGGCUUCUCGGACUUCAUCUACAAGCACAUCGUCCCGGCGUGCUUCCUGGCGCCGCUCAAACCCAGCUUCGACCUGUCGGACGCUCAGACAGUUCUGACGCUGUCGGAGUGCGCGCUCACGCUGAAGACGAUUCACCUGAAGCAGGGACCCGAGUUCCUCCAGUUCCUGCAGCAGGAGUACCUCCCCUCGCUGCAGGUGACGCCGCAGAUCGCUCAGGAGCUGUGCCAGGUCCUUCAGCAGCCGGACAUCAAAGUUCUGAAGAACUACAUCAAGGCGUUUUUCCAGAGAGCGAGGCUGUAACCGACCCGAGCAGUUCGGACCCGAAAGGACUCUGCUGGACGUGCCCCCCAUGCAGGAAGUGGGCUCAACUGCUUUGCACUUAGAAGAGGAAGCCGAGGAAACCCCCUCCCCCCUCGCCGAUGGAUGAGCCGUCCCCCUGAGGACUGACCCCAGACCAGACGCCGCGGUCUGUUGGGAUGGGGGGGUCGGCAGGACCCCAUAGAUGUUUGCGAUUGACGAGGUCAUCGGGUCGGAGUCUGAGGACGUUUCAGGAACGGCGUGGAGACGACCACCAGAACCGCCUGGCUUUUAUUGUGGAGGUCCGGCGGUCGACGACACAGAACUCUGGGUCUGGUGGUGGACCUCAUCAGAACCACGGAGCUGCUGUCCUGCAGACGGGCCGUCUUCCUGCCCCGGACCCUCGUUUGGUUUGUUUUUUUAGGAAGGGAUUUCAUUUGACCUGCGGGUCGGAACAUCGGUUCCUCUGAACUUUAGCGGGAACCUCUUUGAUUUCAGGUUUAGGAUGGAUUCUUUGAGUUUCUGUACAAACAUGCGGGUCAGACGGAACCUCCUGCCCCCCCCCUGUACUCUGAGGAAAGUGCCUGAGUGUUUUCAUUGAAACGGUUGAAUAAAUCCUGCUGAGGUCUCCG